GGAGCAAAUUCUAAUGGGAGGAGCCGCUUCCCAUCUAAAUACUCUUUAUCAACUUCAACCCAAUAAUGUCCAGACCGACCAAAUGGAGUAAACUUUGAAUAACAACCAACCAGCUCACUUUUUUGCUUCUGGGGUCAAGCAUUAACACCUUCAACUUACAGGAUAGAGCAGUAUUUAACCACUAGCUAAUUGUUCUGUGAGGAAGGCAGUAAACCAUGGAUUACUUAGCCAUUGUUGGUGUAUUACUACUUGCUUGGACUUUGAUUCAAUGCAUUUCUUGCCUUUCAAUAAGCAACAGAAGUAACAAAAAAUUUCCACCAGGACCAAUUCCACUACCAUUGAUUGGAAAUCUUCACAACAUUCUUGGUGAUCAACCCCACCAGUCCCUCGCGAAGCUAGCUGAAAAAUAUGGCCCAAUAAUCAGCCUCAGGUUGGGCCAAAUAACGACGGUGGUAAUAUCUUCAUCAGCCGUAGCAAAAGAAGUUAUUCAAAAGCAAGAUUUGGCCUUCAGCAGUAGAACAAUCCCAGAUGCAAUCCAUGCACUUGAUCACUAUCAGUUCUCUGUGAUAUGGCUACCAGUCAAUACUCGGUGGAGAAGCCUCCGGAAAAUCAUGAAUACUUAUAUCUUCUCCGGCAACAGGCUUGAUGCAAAUCAGAAUCUCAGGUUUCGAAAGAUCCAAGAUUUAAUAGAUUAUUGCCGUCGGUGUAGCCAAACAGGAGACGUAGUGAAUAUAGGACAAUCUGCUUCUGAGACCUCUUUGAAUAUAUUUUCGAAUAUCAUUUUUUCAAAGGAUGUAGUGGACCCUUAUGCAAAUUCAGGUAAAGAAUUCAAGGAUGCGGUGGGCAAAAUGUCGGAAGAAGCUGGUAAACCCAACUUGGCCGAUUAUUACCCCGUCCUGAAAAGGAUAGAUCCUCAAGGUAUAAGGCGACGCAUUGGCAAGCAUUUGGAUAAAUUGCUUCAGCAGAUUGAGGGAUUGAUUGAAGAACGUUUGGAGCAAAGGAAGAAAUCACCAAAUAGUGGUAGCACCGAUGUUCUUGAUGUUUUGUUAAAUACUAGCCAAGAUGAUCCACAGGCAAUUGACAGAAAUCACAUUGAACGGUUAUGUCUGUUAUUUAUAUUGCAGGACCUUUUCAUUGCUGGAACUGACACAACUUCAAAUACAUUAGAAUGGGCAAUGGUAGAGGCCAUGAGAAAACCAGAUAUUAUGUCAAAAGCUAAAGCCGAGCUUGCAGAAGUUAUUGGCAAAGGCAAGGUAAUAGAAGAAGCUGAUGUUGCUCGUCUCCCUUAUUUGCAGUGCGUAGUUAAAGAAACCUUGCGAAUACACCCAGCAGUUCCCCUUUUGAUACGCAAGGUAGAUCAAGACGUUGAGGCGUGUGGAUACUUUAUUCCAAAAGGCUCCCAAGUGUUAGUGCACGUAUGGUCAAUGGGGCGCGACCCAGCUAUUUGGGAGGAUCCUUUGGCAUUUAAGCCUGAAAGAUUUUGGGAUGUGAAAAUGGAUUUUUUUGGCCAUGAUUUUGAGCUCAUUCCAUUUGGUGUUGGCCGAAGAAUAUGCCCGGGGUUACCUUUGGCAACCAGGACAUUGUCUGUAAUGUUGGGUUCAUUGUUGAAUUCAUUUGAUUGGAAAGCUGAAGGGGAUAUUGCACCAGAGGAUUUGGAUGUCGAAGAAAGGUUUGGCAUUACACUAGCGAGAUCAAUUCCUUUACGAGCUGUCCCUAUUCCGCUAUAAAUAUAAUGUCAGCUUCAAGCCAACACCCAAAACCUAAUAAUUAAUUUGGAGUCUUGACGUUAUACCUUAGUCAUGAAUAAUGAAGUUGCACAUGUUACUAAAUUAGUUUAUGAUUUGUGUGUGCAAACCUCCUAAGCACGGAUCUUAUUUUUUGUACUUGUUUACUCUUAUGUAAGUAUAGUGACAAGGGUUCAUAUUAUCAAGGUAUCAUAUGUCUAAAGAUUCUGACUUA